UAGCUUAUCUAUUGGCGGAUAAAGGAUACGAUGUUUGGUUAGGCAAUUUUCGUGGUAAUACCUACUCGAGGGCGCAUAUUUCUCUAUCGCCGUCGGAAUCAAAAUUUUGGGAUUUCAGCUUCAAUGAAAUGGGUAUCUAUGAUUUACCUGCAAUGAUUAAAUUUGUCACAAAUAUGACAUCGCAACCAUUGCAUACGUAUAUUGGUCAUUCGAUGGGCACAACUAGUUUUUACAUAAUGGCAUCAGAGCGUCCGGAAAUCGCUCAAAUGGUGCAAAUGAUGAUCAGCUUUGCGCCAGUGGCUUUUACAAACCAUAUUAAAAGUCCGAUACGAUACUUGUUCCCUUUUUGGAGAGAGUUUCAGAUAAUCUUGCAACUUUUUUUCCACGACGAAUUCCUUUCGCAAAGCGAUUUUUUGAGAUUUCUCUCGAAAUACGGUUGCGAUCAAAAUCUCUCUGAGGAGAAGAUGUGCGCAAACAUGAUAUUUCUGAUCUGCGGUUAUGACCGCGAGCAGUUUAACUACACUCUAUUGCCUGUCAUCCUGAGUCACGACCCGGCCGGUGCCUCGGCUAAGACGUUAGUACAUUAUACUCAGAUAUUCCAAUCUGACAAGUUUCGCCAAUAUGAUUACGGUCGCGAAAAAAAUCUGUUGGUAUAUAACUCUCCGGAACCUCCGGAUUAUAAUCUGACGAGUAUCACGAUACCUAUCGCAUUGUUCUAUGGUUCUGGCGAUUGGCUGAUUGAUAUCGUGGAUGUGAAAAGGUUGUAUCAUUUACUGCCCAACGUAGUGGAUAUGUACGAAGUACCGUGGCCCAAAUUUAAUCACGUGGAUUUUAUGUGGGCCAAGGAUGCACCCAAAUUAAUAUACGAGAGAGUAUUCGAGCUUAUGAAGGAAAAAAAUUUAAAUAAUGUUACAUCGAUGUGAUGACGUUCAUCGACAACCAAAAUAAGUGAUGAAUAUUACACACUACAUCCUUAGUAAUGUUGAUGCUAUUGAUAGCAGUCAUAAUUGUUAAUUUAAUGAAACGUAAAGUUUAUUAUAAUAUUUUAGUAUAUUAUUUAUACGAUUAGAGCAAAAGCGAAUUAACGUAACACACACGUUUUUAAGCAAUCGUUGUUUUGGCGAAUGAUAGAUCGUUGCGAUGAAUCGUAAGGAUAUGCAAUAUGACAAAUAUAUAUAAAAUAUUUGUAAGGAUAUGCAAUAUGACAAAUACAUAUAAAAUAUAAGGCGAAAAAAUAUUAAAUAAAUAUAUGUAAUUCUUAAACCGA